AUGGUCGGCCACCGAAGCUGCAAUGUCGUCCCUGACGACCUCCAGUGAGGGAGAGAACUCCACUCCCAGGUUUGUUGUCGGUUCCAGGGAUGAUGAGACAGACUUUCUGGGAUCAAACAUGAAGACAGACGAAACCGAUUUCUUUGAAGAUGAUGAAGAGGAGGAGUCGCCACCUGAACGGCAGAUUGUGGUUGGAAUCUGUGCCAUGACCAAAAAGUCCAAGUCAAAGCCCAUGACACAGAUUCUGGAGCGUCUGUGCAAGUUUGAGUAUAUCACAGUGGUGAUUAUGGGGGAAGAUGUUAUUCUGAAUGAACCGGUGGAGAACUGGCCCUCUUGUGACUGCCUGAUAUCGUUCCACUCCAAAGGAUUCCCCCUGGAUAAAGCGGUCGCUUAUGCCAAGCUGUGCAAGCCAUUUCUGAUUAAUGACCUUGACAUGCAGUAUUAUAUCCAGGACAGGCGUGAAGUGUAUCGGAUCCUUCAAGAAGAGGGAAUAGACUUGCCCCGCUAUGCUGUGCUCAAUCGAGACCCUGAUAGACCAGAAGAGUGCAACUUGGUGGAAGGAGAGGACCACGUGGAGGUAAAUGGAGCUGUUUUCCCAAAGCCAUUUGUAGAGAAGCCAGUCAGUGCUGAAGACCAUAAUGUGUAUAUUUACUACCCGACGUCAGCAGGUGGGGGCAGCCAGCGGCUCUUUCGGAAGAUUGGCAGCCGGAGUAGCGUGUACUCCCCAGAGAGCAGUGUGAGGAAGACAGGCUCGUACAUUUAUGAGGAGUUCAUGCCUACAGAUGGCACUGAUGUAAAGGUGUACACUGUUGGGCCGGACUAUGCCCAUGCAGAGGCUCGCAAAUCCCCUGCUUUGGAUGGGAAGGUUGAACGGGACAGUGAAGGGAAAGAAAUCCGUUACCCAGUCAUGCUGACUGCCAUGGAGAAACUAGUUGCCCGGAAAGUCUGUGUGGCCUUUAAGCAAACUGUGUGUGGAUUCGACCUCCUGCGGGCAAACGGCCACUCUUUCGUUUGCGAUGUGAACGGCUUCAGUUUUGUGAAGAAUUCUAUGAAGUAUUAUGAUGACUGUGCCAAAAUCCUCGGAAAUAUAAUCAUGCGGGAAUUGGCUCCCCAAUUUCAUAUUCCCUGGUCUAUCCCAACAGAGGCAGAAGACAUUCCCAUUGUCCCUACAACUUCAGGCACCAUGAUGGAGCUUCGUUGUGUUAUUGCAGUCAUCCGGCAUGGAGAUCGCACCCCAAAGCAGAAGAUGAAGAUGGAAGUUAAGCAUCCCCGGUUCUUUGAAUUGUUUGAGAAAUAUGACGGCUACAAGACAGGGAAGUUGAAGCUGAAGAAACCAGAGCAGCUACAGGAAGUGCUGGACAUUGCACGGCAGCUUGUGGUGGACCUGGGAACCCACAGUGAUUGUGAGAUUGAGGAGAGGAAAUCCAAACUGGAACAGCUGAAGAGCGUCUUGGAGAUGUAUGGACAUUUUUCUGGCAUUAACCGCAAGGUUCAGUUGACCUAUCUGCCUCAUGGACAUCCAAAAGCUGCAAGCGAAGAUGAAGAAGCUCGUCGAGAGUCUUCCCCAUCCCUUCUCCUGGUGCUUAAGUGGGGUGGAGAGCUGACACCAGCGGGAAGAGUCCAGGCGGAAGAGCUGGGGCGAGCCUUUCGCUGUAUGUACCCUGGUGGCCAAGGUGAUUACGCUGGUUUCCCUGGAUGUGGCUUGCUCAGGCUGCACAGCACCUACCGUCAUGACCUCAAGAUCUACGCCUCAGAUGAGGGACGAGUUCAGAUGACAGCAGCAGCUUUUGCAAAGGGUCUGCUGGCCCUGGAAGGAGAGCUGACCCCCAUCCUGGUGCAAAUGGUGAAAAGUGCCAAUAUGAACGGUCUCCUGGACAGUGACAGUGAUUCCCUUAGCAGCUGUCAACACAGAGUGAAGGCACGACUGCAUGAAAUCAUGCAGAAGGAUGCUGAGUUCUGUGAAGACGAUUAUGAAAAGCUAGCACCUACAGGCAGUGCUUCUCUGCUCAACUCCAUGACGUUUAUCCAGAACCCAGUAGAGGUCUGUAACCAGGUGCUCACCCUGAUUGAGAAUCUCACCUCCCAGAUACAAAAACGUCUGGAAGACCCAAAAUCUGCAGACCUGCAGCUGUACCACAGUGAGACUCUAGAACUGAUGCUGCAACGCUGGAGUAAGCUGGAGCGAGAUUUCCGCAUGAAGAAUGGGCGUUACGACAUCAGCAAGAUCCCUGAUAUCUAUGACUGCAUCAAGUAUGAUGUACAGCACAACUGUGCGCUGAAACUGGAAGGCACAGCUGAACUCUUCAAACUCUCCAAAGCCCUGGCAGAUGUGAUCAUACCCCAGGAAUAUGGGAUUAAUAAGGAGGAGAAACUGGAGAUUGCUAUUGGCUUUUGUCUUCCUCUCAUUAAAAAGAUCCAGUUGGACCUACAGAGAACCCAUGAAGAUGAGUCUGUCAACAAACUACAUCCCUUGUACUCACGAGGAGUUCUGUCACCAGGUCGCCAUGUUCGGACACGGCUCUACUUCACCAGCGAGAGCCAUGUGCACUCUCUGCUCAGUAUCUUCCGCUAUGGGGGGCUCCUGGAUGAAAACAAAGACCAGCAGUGGAAGAGAGCCAUGGACUAUUUGAGUGCUAUCUCAGAGCUGAACUACAUGACCCAGAUUGUUAUCAUGCUCUACGAGGACAACAACAAGGACCCAUCUUCAGAAGAGCGUUUCCAUGUGGAGCUGCAUUUCAGCCCUGGUGUGAAAGGCUGUGAGGAAGACAGAAACGUGCCCACGGGGUUUGGCUUUCGGCCUGCCUCCGCGGAGAAUGAGGACAAGAAAGCAGACCAGGGCAGCCUGGAGGACCUCUCCAAAGAGAAGGGCAUCGAUGAGCCAGACCGCGCACAGCAAAGGUCUCCGCAGCCUUGUGAGCCGGUCAGCAUUCAGCGAAGAUCACCGCUGAUCAGGAACCGGAAGACAGGGUCCAUGGAGGUGCUAUCUGAAUCUUCUUCCAAAUCAGGAGGUUAUCGCCUCUUCAGCACUUAUUCCAGGCAGUCUUCUGAGAUGAAGCAAAGUGGCUUAGGGUCACAAUGCACCGGCCUGUUUAGCACCACUGUGCUGGGAGGCUCCUCCAGUGCCCCCAACCUCCAGGACUACGCACGCAGCCAUGGCAAAAAGUUUGCCAGCAGCCUGACAUACAAAGACGGUAUGUGUGUUCCCCGUGCAGCAGCCGUAAAACGAUUUUCUGUGUCGUUUGCAAAGCAUCCGACUAAUGGUUUUGAAGGCUGUUCCAUGGUUCCCACCAUUUAUCCCCUGGAGACCCUGCACAACUCCCUCUCUUUGCGACAGGUCAACGAGUUCCUGACGGCUGUGUGCAGGAGCUGCAGCGAAUCGCAUGUCCAGUCUACUGCAGCUUUGUUUGAUUCAAUGAUUGGCAGCCAGAUACCAGGAGACCCCUUUAUGUCCCAGCAAAUCCUGUCAUCAUCCUCUUUGCCAUUGCGCCAGCGUUCGGAUAAGCCCCCUUGGUACAGCAGUGGCCCCUCCAGUACUGUCUCCAGUGCAGGCCCGUCCUCCCCAACCUCUGUGGACAACUGCGCUCGUUUCAGCUUCACUGAGAAACUUUCCAUCAGUCCCCCAAAAAGUGAGGAGCAGCUGACUAGCCAGUCCCCUGAGCAAGAAGAGAGACAGCCUCCAGGCCGAGGGCUUGAUGUGGAGGUGGGGAUGUCUGGCUUGUCGGUGGCGGAGCCAAGUGCCCCAGAGACCCUGACCUGGAAUAAGGGCCCAGAGCCAGGCAGGGUCCUGGAGCUGUGCAAGAAGGAGCGGGCGGAGGAGGACUCUAACCCAGAGGAGAAGAGCAUGGUGGAGCUGGAUGAAGACGAAUCAGCUGGGGAAAUGUUAGAGCCAAGUAACAUAGGGAACCCAAAGUGUGGUGCAGGGUCUGAUAUAAGGCUGGCUGGGGAGAGAGGGAAGCCAGGGGAUGGGUACAUAGGGGGAAUGACUGGCCUGGACCAGUCAGGGCUGUCCAAGGAGCUCUUGGUGCCCUGUGAAGAGGAGCUGCUGGGAGAGGUGUUAGACCCGGAGCAUAUGGGCGAUGAGCUGCUGGGAGACAGUGCUCUGUCAGGCCGGCUUCUGUCUGGUCACCCGUGCCAGGUGCAGCCGCUGCCUCCUGAGAAAAGCGUGGAGGAGCUGCAGCCGCUCUGUCGGGAGGAUCAGCAGUAUUAGUGGCUCACUGGACAGCACACUGCAACCGCUUCUAGCCUGGAGGCAGCCCAGCUUCCUGCACAGCACCUCAUGCAGCUGGCUGUCCACAGCACCGAACAAGCCAUGUCCCAAGGCCACAGGACUCUGGGGCACGGAGAGUCUGUUCUGCUCCUCCACAAGCCAGCUCUUUGCCAUUCGGCAAGAGACAAUGCCCCAUCUGCCUUGUUAAAUGAACAACAAAUGCAGUCUUGGUAGUGGCAUGGCACCUCCAUGGAGCAGGGACAUGGGGCUGCAUUGGUAUCCCAAGGGCUGUAUGCUCGCUGGGACAGCAGAGUUAGAGGAUUGGGACAGCCAAGGCUUUUGGGGUCGUAAGUCCAAAGGGGACAGAUGCUCCCUUGAGAUUUUGUGGCCCAUAGCCUUCAGAGAAAGGUAUUCUGGGCCCAAAGUAAUUGGAUCCAUCACAACCACCAACCUCCUCUCUGUUCCUUCCUUCUUCCUCUCUCAAUUCCAGCACUGGCCACCAAAACCAGGUCCAGAGAGUCCAUGGCAGGAAGACUAGGAGAAGCAGAAAGCAUUCUGAAUGAGUGUGGGAAGGAGAGCAAUGAGGGGAUCAGGUUCAAGACUGCCACUUGCAAGAAAACGUCUCUUUGGCGUGGACUUGGAUGUUUUCCUGCUGGGCUGGGGCAGGCAGGCAGGAGCCUGGGGAUCCAGCCUGAGAGAGGUGGGCAGGGAGGACACACACGGGUUUUUUUCUAGUCCCCAAGGGUCAGGCAGGGUAUAGCUCUGAAGUCUUGGUGACAGAAAUUAAAAGAAACUGCUAUUUGAACAAAUCAGGAUUAUUAGAAACCAAUAAGGAGAAAUCUUUAUUAUAUAUAAAAUGAAAAGUAUUUAAUACAUAUUUAUGUAAAUGACUUGUGAGCACAAGCCUGAGGGCAAGAUUGACACGGGUGUCCCUGCCGCAUCCUGAGUGCAGGCCAGGGCUGUGCCUCCUGCGCCUCCUGUUAUUUAUGGACAAGUCUGCGUGUUUGUCUGUAGCUAGGAUCUGUGUUUUUGUGAAGCUGUGCCCAAAGAUCUCCACGCUGUUUUGUGAUGAUGUGUGUUCACAGUAAAUCUAUGC